AUGAGGAAUGCUCUUGUCCUUUUGAUUUUACACACUAUUGCUUCAUCAAAUUUUAGUUUUGGACAUGGGCAAACAACCUUUAAUGUGCUUGACUAUGGUGCUGCUGGAGAUGGCGAGAGAGAUGAUUCUAAAGCAUUCUUAGAAGCAUGGAAUGCAUCAUGUUCAACUUACGCUAGUGAAGGGACAACAACACUAGUAAUACCAGCAGAAAAAACAUUCCUUUUGCAACCUACCACCUUCUCAGGUUCUUGCAAUUCUGGCAACGGUAUCCGGGUCGAGAUUAUGGGGAAAAUUGUGGCACCGAAAAAUCCAGAUGAAUGGAAAGAGUGUGUAGAAUCGUGGUUAUCUUUUGGAAAUCUGAGCAACCUCAUCAUAAACGGAACAGGAGAAAUUAAUGGCCAAGGUUCACCUUGGUGGAGCAAUAUUACCACCCAAGUAAACGCUCUACACUUCUUCAAUUGCAGUAAUCUUCGGUUAAGUGGAGUUACACAUGUUGACAGUCCAAAGGCUCAUAUUAGCAUCAAUCGUAGUAAUAAUGUCACCGUCUCCGAUAUUCAUAUUCUUGCACCUCAUGAUAGUCCCAACACAGAUGGUAUUGACAUCUCUGUCUCAACAUAUGUCAAUAUUCAUGACUCCAAAAUAGCAACUGGUGAUGACUGUAUUGCCAUUAACAAUGGUUCAUCCUUCAUCAAUAUCACCAAUAUCGCAUGUGGACCUGGUCAUGGAAUUAGUGUGGGAAGUUUAGGGGUGAAUAGAAGUUAUCAGACAGCAGAACAAAUAAACGUACGAAAUUGUAGUUUCAACGGAACACAAAAUGGAGCUAGACUUAAGACAUGGCAGGGUGGCUCUGGGUAUGCUAGGAAGAUAACAUUCGAAAAUAUAACACUAACAGAUGCGAAGCACCCCAUUAUCAUUGACCAACAUUAUUGUAAUGGAAAACACGACUGUCCAAACUCGACUCAGGCAGUACAAGUGAGUGAUGUCACAUAUAGUAAUAUUCAAGGAACUUCUUCAAGUAUGGAGGCCAUAGUAUUUAACUGCACACAGAUUCCCGGUUGUACUAACAUUGUGAUGAAACAAAUCAAUAUCACUUCGGCAAUUGCUUAUCAGAACAUUUCUGCCUCUUGUAUCAAUGCGAAUGGGACUUGCAGCACAACGGUUCCCCAAGUCUCUUGCUUGAAGACAAAUGAAACAAUGUCUUUCAAUCUAUACACAUAG